AGACAUACACGGUGCUGUGACAAUAUAAAUAACAAGAGUUAGAGUUCAGACUCAUUCUGCUCUAAACAUUCAAUCAAAGUACUAACAUUCAGUAAACAAAAUGGCUUCAGUUCUAGCAGCGCUUUGUGUCUUCGGAUGUCUUGUGUCGAGCCUGCGGGGUCAGUACUUGCCGCUAAACGCGCAGCAGUACGGCGUGGGUGCGUGGGGCGUGCGGGGUGUGGACGCGGGAUGCGGCUGCGGCGCACUGUUGACGGAUAACGCCGCAAGCGCGUUAGCCGCGGCGGACGGCGGCGGCUUCGCUGUUGUGAGCUCGUCUCCCACGCCACCUCACGGCGUGUCGGUGGUGUCGGACAAUGAGUACUCCGGUAUUGUGGCAGUAGUGGGCCAGUUGCCAUUCCUCGGCACUACAUACCUGGAGGGCGCGGUGCCGUCUACUGGGGCCGGCGCCGUCGCUUACGGCUGUGGGUAUGGAGACGUUGCUAUUCUCAGCGAGGACUUUGCAGGCGCGGCCGCCAGCUUGCGCUACGCUAGUGAUCGCAUCGCACCUAGAGCCUUCGGCGAAACGCGCGGAUGCGGCUGCGGCACUUUAUUUUAAAUAUUUACAACAAAUGUGAUCUA